CCGCCCGUCAUUUGGUUGUUGUAGUUCAACUGUAAGUUAAAGCUGCGCAUAGAAAUAAUUAGAUUGAGAGGAUGCAGCUGGAAAACAUGAAAAGGGAGUUCAUUAAAGAAAAUAGUCUCAACCAAAAGGGUCAACCACUGAAGAAGGCUUCAGACAUACCCACUGGAGUCACUGGAGUCCCGCCUUCAGAUCAAAAGCUGGUUUCCGAGAUGGCCUCAUUGGCCACCCCAGGGCCGUCUACUGCACCUCCUGGUCCAAAACCUGGUCCAUCCACCGCUGGUUCAGCCAUAGACCAGUUUCUCGAGCUUGAGGCUACGUGCAACAACGAAGUCCUCAACUUGAAAGUGGCUAAGCCAUUGCUCAGCUUCUCAAAGCGCAAGUUCUCUGAAUCUGAAGAAGAGGAGGAUGAAGACGAUGAAAUUAAUGUUAUAGAUAUGAACAUGCUUAUUAAUAUGAACUGCUCUCGUAAGGAGUAAAUCUAUACGUAUUAUAUUUAUCUCUGUCUACACUGUACCUAAAUAAGAUACAUAGCUGGGCACAAGACUGUUAGUAGGUAUACUUAAUUAUUCAAAUUCAAAAUCAUUAUUGCUAUUCCAUACUUUUUUUUUGCGCUCAUCUGCAAUCAGUUCCAAACUACACUCAACAUCAAAUAAAUCGCACCUUCCGCGACGCGAACUUUCAAGAUUUUCUUCUGACACAAUGAUGUUGCCCCAACAAUAUUGGUGUUACUUGAAAGCCCAAUAAAUAAAUUUAAAGAAAAACAA